AUGAUCAAAGCGAAACGCUUUUAUUUUGAAGACUUGUCACAUCAAAUGAAGAUGCUCGAUCGAACAUAUUUGGCUGUACCGAGCGAUCAUCCUGGUGAAUCAAUAAAACUCAAGAAUGGUAUCAGAAAUAGCAAUCAUUCGGCCAAAUUCACAAUCUUCCUCAAGGUAUUGCUCUCUGGGUUUUAA